AUCUACUGGGGGACAUAAUGUUAGAUUGCCCUUGUUGCAUCUUUAAGCAGAUGUUUUCCAUGUCUAGUACACAGAAAGACUCAUUUUACUUCCGCCCUCUGUGGUUAAUGGUCACGUGAUACAUGCUCUCUGUCGCACUGCGGAUCCUGUCUGGCAGCUGGACUCUACUGAAGUCGUCUAAAGUUUGUGCUUCGGAGUUAUUGUUGGUUUUAAAGAAAAACACCACCAUGGCGGACCUCGGCUUUGUGAUCGCUAUGUGCGUGGUGACUCUGUUUUGGGGCAUUGUUGGGGGAGUGGUGCCCUGGUUUAUCCCCAAAGGACCCAACAGAGGAGUGGUUGUCACGAUGCUGGUGCUGACUGCAGUUUGCUGCUACCUGUUCUGGUUGAUAGCGAUUCUGGCCCAGCUGAACCCACUGUUUGGACCCACUCUGUCCAAUGACACCAUCUGGUACCUGAACUAUCACUGGCAGUAAUGUACUCUUCCAGGACCUCUUCCUGACCAUGCAGGUGGGGGACCUGACACGGCUGCAGACCAAUAGAUGUUUCUCCUAAUUUCAUGCAGAGAUCAUUCCUUCUGAAUCGCCUUAAACUCAGACCCCUGUGUGAUUACUGAGUGACGCCCACACUGGUGCCUUGUACAAAAAAUGUUUUCCCAAAGGACUUCUGAGAGAUCUCACUGAAUGUGCUUUACAUUAAAUUAAAACAACCUUGUUGUUUGGUUUAUAUGUUGUGUAUAUCCUGUUUACUGUUAAUAUGAAUGACCGUGCCUCAUGACGUGUGUUUGAUGUGAUCUCGUUUUGUCUCAUAAUAUUUGUGAUGGAUGUAAUACAUUUGGUGGUUGUUAAUAAUAAACCAAUAAUCAGCA